UCUAAAAAAAAUCAUUCCGGCCGCUCGCACGUCAUUCCAGUUUGUGCAGCCAGCCCAUCCUCUUCUAUUUAUAUGCUUGUUCGUUUUACAUCCGUUGCACUUGCACCCGAAGAGAAAAUUAAAGAAGAGAGAAGUUGCCCGUCGGCCAUGGAGAGCUCCUCCUCGUCUCUGUCGUUGAGCUCGUAUACCGGCAACAACAAGAGGGCCAGAGAGGCCGGCCAUGAAGCGGCCUCGUCCGCGGAGGCGGAGGCUGCCAAGAGGAUGCGGCCGGAGGACCUGCUGGACCUGCUCGACGACGACGCCGACGCCGCGGCGGCCGGCGACCUUGCCUCCGUCAUGCGGAGCCUGGAGGAGGAGAUAUGCUCCGGCGACGUGACCCCGCCGCAGCCGGAGCUCGGGUUCCUGCUCGAGGCCUCGGACGACGAGCUCGGCCUGCCGCCGGCCGCCGGGGCCUCCUCGUCGUCGGAUGAUGCCGGGGGCUGGGAGCCGGAGGAGCCCACCGGCGUCUUCGUGGACCAGAUAUGGGGCUUCGAGGAUGAGAUUGACGGCGUAUACGCCUUCGGCGGCGUCACCUCCUCGCCGGAGGCCGCCGCCGCGGCUGCAGCGGCCGCGGCAGAGUGGGGCGACGACGCCUUCGACGCCGGCCUGUUCGGCUUCGGCGACGAGUCCUUCGGACCGUCCGAUCUCGCCGUUCUCCGCCAGGAGACCAUGCCCGCCGUUUGAUCAGCCAUCAGUGAAUGGAUUAGCCUUUUCUUUUUUACCUUUGGCUGACCUUAGCGUUACCCUUUUUUUAACCUUUUGGGGGUGUAAAGCUUCUAGAUGAUGCAAGAUGAACAAACUGUGAGCAAGAAACCUGGAAAAUGCGUUGCUUCGAACGAAUGAUGUAGAAAGAAAGAAAAAACAUGUCGAGAAAAAAAUAUAUGUCAAGAGGUUCCGGAAGAAA